ACCCGUACGGCGCGGGCGGCUGUGUGGCGGAAGCGGGAAAAGGAGGAGGAAGUGUUGCCCUGUACAGGGCGCUGUAACUUUAGGGCUGGGGGCCAAGUGUUUCUCAGAAGCUCCGCGAUGCUCGGGUGGACGUAGCUCCUCGCUUGGGAGAGGGGCUGCAGCGCACGCGGAGGUGCACGUGGACGCGGCGGAGGAGCACCUACACGCUUCCGCCGGCUGCUUUAAAGGGUUUUCAGUGGCGGGAGGCCUGGAUCGUCCUCUGGUCCGGCCUCUGCCGCGACUUGCUGUGUGCCCUUGUUCCCUCUCCGAAUCUCAGUAUCCUCACCGGUCUAUCCUGUGCGUUACUUGAUUGGGGACGCCGAAUCCAGUCCGAGUUCUUCAACUUAACCAGGCACCAUGGAGGCACCCCCCGUCACGAUGAUGCCUGUUACCGGGGGCACCAUUAACAUGAUGGAGUACCUGCUGCAGGGAAGCGUUUUAGAUCACAGCUUGGAAAGCCUUAUCCAUCGCCUUCGUGGUUUGUGUGACAACAUGGAACCUGAGACUUUCCUGGACCAUGAGAUGGUAUUCCUCCUUAAAGGCCAGCAGGCCAGCCCAUUUGUUCUAAGGGCCCGGCGCUCUAUGGAUAGGGCAGGCGCACCCUGGCAUCUACGCUACCUGGGACAGCCUGAAGUGGGAGACAAGAACCGCCAUGCCCUGGUGAGGAACUGCGUGGACAUUGCAACAUCUGAGAACCUCACUGACUUCCUGAUGGAAAUGGGCUUCCGCAUGGACCAUGAGUUUGUAGCCAAGGGACACUUGUUCCGUAAGGGCAUCAUGAAGAUUAUGGUGUACAAGAUCUUCCGUAUCCUGGUGCCUGGAAGCACAGACAGCACUGAGGCCUUGUCACUCUCCUAUCUUGUGGAACUAAGUGUUGUUGCACCAGCUGGGCAGGACAUGGUCUCUGAUGACAUGAGGAACUUUGCAGAGCAGCUAAAACCUCUAGUUCACCUAGAGAAAAUAGACCCCAAACGGCUCAUGUGACUAAGACAAUCUGUCCACCAUUAGGGCUUAUGUUACAAAAAAGACAUUAUAAUUGUCCCAUUUCACUACAGCCAGCCAGGCAUUCUUCCCUCAGGAAGGAGGACAGUAAAAACUUAAUUGGUUCUUUUCUGUUUUCCUCAUGUGGCAAGUUCACUUUUGUGACAGCUUUUCUAAAUUAAA